GCAAAGCCUUGCUGAGGAGGGGACUCAGAGAGGAAGCCAGGGGGCUGAACAGGAGCAACUUCCCUUAGGGGCCCGAUGGCCUCAGGAGCAGUGUUUUGACCUCCAGAGAAGGGAUUUGACUCCCAUGGCCACCCCUAUACCGGUGCAGAGGAGUCAUCUUCAGGGCCCCAUUCUCAGGUUGCGCUACAUGGUCAAGCAACUGGAGAAUGGGGAAGUGAACAUUGAGGAGCUGAAGAAAAACUUGGAGUACACGGCUUCGCUGCUGGAAGCUGUCUACAUUGAUGAGACACGACAAAUCCUGGACACUGAAGAUGAGUUACAGGAGCUCCGCUCAGAUGCAGUGCCCUCAGAGGUUAGGGACUGGCUGGCGUCCACCUUCACCCAACAGACUCGAGCCAAGGGCAGACGAGCGGAGGAGAAGCCAAAAUUCCGAAGCAUUGUCCAUGCUGUUCAGGCUGGGAUAUUUGUGGAGCGGAUGUUUCGGAGAACCUACACCUCCGUGGGCCCCACCUACUCCAAUGCUGUUAUCAACUGUCUUAAGACCCUGGACCAUUGGUGCUUCGAUGUCUUUGCCCUGAACCGGGUGGCCGAUGACCAUGCCCUGAGGACUAUUGUCUUUGAGCUGCUCACUCGACACAACCUCAUCAGCCGCUUCAAGCUUCCCACUGUGUUCUUAAUGACGUUCCUGGAUGCCCUGGAGGUGGGUUAUGGGAAGUACAAGAAUCCUUACCACAACCAGAUUCACGCAGCUGAUGUCACUCAAACAGUCCACUGCUUCCUCCUCCGCACUGGGAUGGUGCACUGCCUGUCGGAGAUUGAGGUCCUGGCCAUCAUUUUUGCUGCUGCCAUCCAUGACUAUGAGCACACAGGCACCACUAAUAGCUUCCACAUCCAGACCAAGUCAGAAUGUGCCAUCCUGUACAAUGAUCGCUCAGUGCUGGAGAAUCACCACAUUAGCUCUGUCUUCCGAAUGAUGCAGGAUGAUGAGAUGAACAUCUUUAUCAAUCUCACCAAGGAUGAGUUUGUAGAGCUUCGAUCCCUGGUCAUUGAGAUGGUGCUGGCCACAGACAUGUCCUGUCACUUUCAACAGGUCAAGUCCAUGAAGACUUCCCUGCAGCAACUGGAGAGGAUCGACAAAUCCAAGGCCCUGUCUCUCUUGCUCCAUGCUGCUGACAUUAGCCACCCUACCAAGCAGUGGUCAGUCCACAGCCGGUGGACCAAGGCCCUCAUGGAAGAAUUCUUCCGGCAGGGGGACAAAGAGGCAGAGCUGGGCCUGCCCUUCUCCCCACUCUGCGACCGAACUUCCACCCUCGUGGCUCAGUCUCAAAUUGGAUUCAUUGACUUCAUUGUGGAACCCACUUUCUCUGUUCUGACUGAUGUGGCUGAGAAGAGUGUCCAGCCAUUGGUAGAUGAGGGCUCUAAGGCAAAGACAAAGCCCAGGGAACCUGGUGACCUCAACCCUGACCUGGUCAGCUUUCGUACCACCUGGACCAAAUACAUUCAGGAGAACAAGCAGAAAUGGAAAGAACGCGCUGCUAGUGGCAUCACCAAUCAGACUUCCAUCGAUGAGCUGUCCCCAUGUGAAGAGGAAGCUCCUUCGUCCCCUGCCGAGGAGCUCAAUCAGAAUGGGAACCUGGAUUAGCUGCCUGGGCCCAGGCUCAGGUUUUACAGUAGCCCAAAGUCGUUGACGCCAUCAGCACCACUCACUGGGACUGGCUCCCUCGAAUGACAGAUCGAUCUGAGGCAGGGGAACCCGAGGGUGAAGAGAGCAGAUGGAUGACUCCAAAGGCCAAAUGUCAGAGAUUGUGGGGUUGAGGGAAGGGGACAUUUGGGCCUGGGCUUGAGCCUGCCACUCCCUACUAGGAAAUCCCUUGCCAUCCCCCAUGAUGGGAUACACUUUCCUCUCAGGCAGUAGAACCCAGGGAGCUUUGUCCAACCCUGCUUCCUCUGGACUUCUCCCCUUCCCCCCAAAUAACCAGGUGUCUUGUUGUGGGGGAGAAGCUUCCUGGACUGUCUCCCACCCCAACCGUUGGGGUGGGAAAAUCAGUGAUGCCAGCCCCCUCCAGUGCAAUACUCUUCUUGCCUCCAAGUUUCUGAGCAAUACAUUUUGGGGGUUCCCUUGGGACCCCCAUCCCAGAUCUUCGCUGGCAGGUCUGGGCCCCAGUUUCCUUCCCCCCUACCCCGGGAGGGGCCAGAGCAGGACAUGUGGGUGGGUCACUUAAAGCUGGUAGGGAGAUGACGUUCCUACUUUCCCUCAUUCACCAGGCUCCUGAAGAGGAUGGCUUUCUACCUUUGCCCCAAGUUGUUCUGUUCCUGGUCUUUCUCUUCUCCCCGACCCCCACGCCUUUUACUCCUGACCUCACACCCCUAGGUAUCUCUUCUCCUUCUGCCCAUUUUGAAUGUGAUCCCGGAGCCAGGGGAGAGAGAGCUUCCUGUGUAUCUGGGUACACCGCCAGGGGCUUUAGCAGCAUGAGAAAAGCUGGGGACCCAAUUCCCGUAUUACUUCCUCUCCAUCAAGUCCAAUGUGCCCCUCUCCCCAACAUCAGACACCCUGGUUGGGGUGGGGGGCAGCUUCCAUCCGACCAAUGUCUGUAAAGUGCUUUGAGAUCCUGACAGAAGCACCUCGUGAGGACACCUUUAACCAGCACAAGCUCUCAUGUUCCCCAUACCCACGGCUCCUGCCAAGUGUGGCCACCCCGGAUGAGGGUGCCUCAGAGCUUGGCUGAGUUGGCAUUUGUGUAAUGGAAAGAGGGACGUACAAUCCAAAACUCCACUAUUGAUGACAAAUCUAUGCUAUAACCAGUCCCUGGGCCCACUUACCUCUUCCAAAUGGUUACCCCUCUCGGGAUAGUAACCCAGGGUAGCCAUAGGCAGGGGGCUGGGUGGGGUUUGGGGAAAGUGUCCCCCUACUUCUCCCCUCCUCUCACCCCCAAGGGAAAAACCAAAUUUGAGGUGACCCUGCCCUCCGUGUAAAUACUGCUCAGCACAUCUGUACAGUGGGCUGUGUUUCAUGUGUCUUGUAUCCACCAUGGUUUCUUGAACAUGCUGGCCUCCCCUCCUGCCCCAGCACCCUCUCCUACCUGGGGACUGGGGACAGAGGCGCAUGUGACUUUCCCCACCCCCUCCUUGCAGACCACUGCUACAUCCAGAGACCAAUAAAGGAAGGAGACAGGGUCUGAUGUUGUCUUCAUCUUUCAAUUUGAGGGCUGGGUGCAGGUGUGGGAGAUGGGGUAGGUGAGGAUACAGAAGAGCAGGGAUUGGGGUGAGGGCUGAGGUGGGGUGGGUUGGGUCUUUGUCCUGACCCCUGAAGAGAUGGCCUAGAUUAUAGGGGAGGAAGGAGAAGGGUCCUGAGGAGUCCCUGUUUAGGCCGUGGACCUGUCUUUGGCAAGUCUGGGUCAGACGAAGGAAGUAGCUGGACGUACUUAUUACCUCCACCCCCUACCGACUUCAAGUCCGAUAGUUACCUAUCACCCUCCUGGCCAGGAGUCUGAUGGCACAGGCUGUCUCUAUGGCAUGUUGUAAUGGAAAGAACAAUGGAGUUAGAAGUAUUGUGCCCAAGUUGGCCCCCUCACUGCCCCUGAGGGAUUAUGGACAUUACUCCACCGAGCUUGUCAUUUCUGGUGCUUGCAUGGCCUACUUCACAGGACUGUUGUGAAGAAGGCUCUUUGUAAGCUGGAAAACACAGGCUAAAUCAUUUGAUCUCUCUUCCCACCCAACUGGAGGCAUCUAGGGAAGAGAGCAUAGGCCUAGCUUGGUCUCCCUUUUGUGCUGGGUGACUUUGAGGACACUGCCUUCAUCUCUUUGGUCCUGUCCCUUUCAUGUCUUGGAGAGUGGGAGGGGCUGUUAGUGGGGGUGAGUUUUUAAGUUCAGAGCCUGGAGAGCCUGUCCCUGGGAUCAUCUCCUUCCUUUGUUAAUGAACUUGGCUUCCACACUGGUCAUCUCUGUUAUCAAUGGGGCUGGAGAAGAUUGGUGGGGAAUAAUGGCCCCUGUCUCCAUAUCAUGGCUGACUUUGGAGCAUGGGCUGAGCCACACACACCCACCUUCAGAGUUCUGACCUGGCCCCCAUAGAAUUAUAGAAUCUUGGAGUCAGAAAGGGUCUUAGUGGUUACCUAGUUCAUCUUCUAUCUGAAUCAUGAUCACCAGGACAGCUGGCAAGGAGAAGAGAUGCUGAAAAACCCACAAAGUGGGUAACAGUGGCUAAUUGAUCUGGAAACUUGGCCUCCUUCCUGCUCCCUGCCUGGGAUACUCAGCACACCUUCUGGAUUUAGACAGAAGAGGUGGCCUGCGUGGAGGGCUGUCAUGCUGACUUUUGACCACCAGAGGGAGCCCCCAGCUUGGUUAUAGCAAGGCAGUGCUUUCUCCUUCCUUGACAUUGCGAAGACGUUGCUGGGGGAUUCCCAAGGUCAUUCUGGCCUCCCCCUGCCUUGAGGCAUAGGGCCCAGCCUGUUAUCCAAAAUGGCCAGGAAGACAAGUUCCGGCAGCAGUUCCCCCUAGCAAAUGGAUAGCUCUUGUGUAUGUGAUCCUUAUCCCUCUGGUUGUGAAAUAAAAGCUGA